AACUCUCCUUAUCAAAUUAUACGGAACUUACGGAAUAGUCUUGGAAAUUUCAGGUAUUAAAAUGUAGAUGAGUAGUUAUACUUUAUAUAUAAAACUUUGGCCGUUUAUAAAUUGUUGUGUUUAUUUAUUUAUUAUACACAACACAAAAAGAAAGUUCCCCUCUAAAUAUAUCAUCAGCAGUUCUAAAUAGAUGAUUACGUUACAAUCAAACCUUUAGACCUAUGGUAGUUAGCUUAAUGCUGUUUGAAGGAAGUUAGGUCACCAGUCCAUAGUGGAAAGUUUGCCCUCGCUGCGGAAGACGUCUAGGCUACCGCAAGCGCAGUUAAACCAGACCUGCCAACAUUUGAGUAGCAGAAAUAGUGAGUUGCUAUCUAAAAAGUCGUGAGAUUGACUGAAAAUCGUGAGACUUAGAAAUUUUCAGGUCUGCUCGUUAAUUAAUAUGAGCAGGGUUAACUUUAACAACACUAGAAAAUAAUCAAUAGAUAUUCAAUCUUAUGAUAGUAUGCAUUUAUAUUUUGUUAAUAUAACCGUAAAUGCAAGGCUUAUUAAAAAUAGGCUGUUUUUUCUUUAUCGCUUUAGUAGUGCACCUAUCAAUGUUAAGCCCCAGAGGGGGGAGGUGGGGCAUAUAUGGUGGAUUUGACUUUUUGUGCAAAUUUUCGAUCAAUGUGAUCAAAUUCCCCACUGUGGGGCUGGAAAUCUAAGUCAAAAGGGAAAGGAUUUUCAGCAUAUUUUGAAGCGCAUUUCCUUGGAAAUUGCCGUAUUCUUAGGAUUUUUUAGAAAUAAGGCAAUUUCCUUCACAUUUCCUUCAAUCUUCCGAAAUUUCCUUCAAAUUUCCUUCAGAUUCGAAUUUCCUGAUAAUUUCCUUCAAUUAGUUAAAAUUUCCUUCGAAAAGGAAAUUUCCUUCAAAAUGGAAGCGAAGUCAUUCAUCCCAGGCUUUAAAACAUGCUCUUCUUUCCGGUCACAACUUCCGGUUUCAAAUAUUCUCUCCUGAUUGCUGAGUUCAAAUAUCCCCACCCUCGGGACGAAAAUAAGGAUCAAAUUCCCGAGGGUGGGGAGUGAACCGGAUUUUAUUGAUUAAAUCGUGAGACUUGGCAGGUCUGGUUAAACUUAAGUCAUCAAAUGUAUGGCUCUCCUUCUAUGGUGGCUUUAGGUACCGCAAUUGUCAUACUAUACAGACUGGUUUCCAGUUGACCCUGCCACGCUGUAUGGCAGAGCGAUAAAGUCUGGGAAAUAGACUGCAUAUACUAUAUCAGUUAAUUGUCCGAGAUUGAGAGAUAACUUUGGCAAACCUAUACUAGCUGUAACCCUCAUGAACCAAAAGAAGCCACAGUAUGCAGUUGUGUGCCUUGUUAAACAGUAUAUACGGUGUAUUAGCCAUAAUACAUGCCGUACAAUGACACUGUAACAAUCCACUAGGUGAAUGCAACAAUCAUGAAAUCCUAACAAGUCAAAAUUAUAUAAAAAUUACAUAACAAAUAUCAAACGUUGCAGUUGUUUCAUAUUCCACUUCAGUUCCCGAGCUGGUUUAAAAAUAUAAACCCGAGCUGGUUUAAGAAUAUAAACACUCGUUCUCGUUCAUACAUAGUCAGUCGAAAUAUACAGUCUAUAUAGCUGAGCUCAGCAAACUUCAAAGCGUCCAUGAUGAGCAGACCUUUCUUAUAAUGACGUCAAAAGCGGAAAACUAAUUUAUGCAAUGUCCCCAGGGUGUUAGCCAGAAGUAAAAAAAAAUCCGCGUUUACCUAAAAUUGGGAAAUUUAUUGUUGCCCGAAGCCGAACAUUUCUUUGUGGGUCUGGGGGCAUGGGGUUGCCCUCUCGAUUUUUAAAAUUUUUCUGUCUUUGAAAUGGCAUUUCCCACAUUUUGGGAAUAAUUUUGAGCAAAUGUACUGUAGUUAUAAACAUGUUUUUAAUGGCAUAUUAACAACAUUGAAUUUCUAUAACUUUUUUUUGGUUGACCCCAAUUGGGAAAUUGUGACCUCAAGGUACAGUAAUUGGGAAAAUGGCGUUUAACGUGGAAUUUUUGACUGUAUAGCUAACACCCUGACCAGUCCCACUGGACAAUGCAAGUCAUUGGCGAGCCAAUACAUUUCAUAAAAACAUCAUUUGCAUUGCGAAUUGUAGCUAAAAAUGUCCCUUGGAACAUCGCUUUAUAAGUGUUUUCCCACGUUUGACGUAAUUAUAAGAAAGGUCUAUUAUGUGAUAUCGUGAUUUAUAUGUAAGAUGCGUUGCUAAAUGCAUCAUUUGACUUUUGUUUACUUUUUAAAAUAUGAAUGAGUGAUAUCACAAUGCAGGUUCAGUAAAAUUAAACAGAUAAGAAGACUAUAUAUGGCAACGUUUGCACACAUAUCUAAGUACUGUAUAUUAUCUUAAUUAAAUCCCGAAUCCAAGGAGUGCAAGGAUUACCUUACAUGGGCCGACAUUUCUAAUUUCAAUGUGACAUGUUUGGCUAUUUCCCGCUCUGGAGGUGUUUGGAAAUCAGACAUUUUCAGGCAUAUACUAAAGAACACAUUUGCUAAUUAAAAUACCACAAAACUCUACCGACUACCGCAUGCGGAAUUUUCACAGUUGGCCUGCCACAAUAAACCACCACAGUAGCACCUUUUCAUAUUGACCUGCUGCAGGAGAUUUCCGGCUAAAGUGACAAACUUUCCAGUAAGGGGUCACCUAACCUCAAUUGAAUACAGAAAUACCCAAUUUCAAAAAUUAACGAGAGUUAGAAUGACUUUAUUUAAAUUUCACAACAACAGUUAUGUCAGGAGGCAUUGUCUCCUCAUGGUGUUGAGGAGUCUGCUCACCUGCCGUUGAGAUAUAGCCAUCUAUUUCUCCUGCAACAAUUGAGCCAAGUCUGCCUGCGUGCAGUAUUCUUUGAAUUGGUGAUAGGCAUACCGCUUUUGCUGGUCUCGCAGAUACUCAAUUUGGUUGAGAUCUGUUAAGUUAGCAGGUGACAUGAUCUGUUAAGUUCGCAGGUGACAUCAUUCUUUUUCUGAGGAGACGAUGCUGAAUUAAGUUAUUGAAAAGCAUGGUUGACGUGGUGGUUAUACACCCAUUAUUAAAGCAUUGACAUGAAACAUUACUGUUGUUGUGAAAAUUAAAUAAAGUCAUUCUUGUUAAUUUUGAAAUUGGCUAUUUUUGUAUUCAAUGGAGACUAAGUCAUUCUUUAAAGCAUGAAUGACCCCAUCCUUCAAACAGCAUGAACCUAACUUGCAUAGGUCUAUUCAGUGCUAGCUGUGAUUAUCAGGUAAUCAUUUAAUAUUUAGAAUUUAUGAGGAAACUUUCUUUUUGUGCAGUGUUUAUUUAUUUAUUUAGCUUUGCCAACUAGGACAGGGUCACCACAACAGCAUAUGCCAAUUACUGUGGCCCUUUUACCUAACCCACCCUGUCAACUUUUCCUGUGGGAGGAAACCGGAAUACCUGGAGAAAACCCAAGACUUUCAGCAGAGCGUUGACUUUUGCUCUUUUUGCAUGAGGACUGGAGUCCAUGGAAUCGCAUUGAGAAGGUUCUCACUGAGGCUUGAACCUGCGGCCUUAAGGAGUGAAAGGCGAGUGCGCUAACCACUUUCUCAUUGAAGCCCCAUAUAGGUCAAAUUAAAUAUACCGGCGGUACUCAUGUAAGUUUGUGCAAGAAAGACGUGAAUAUGUCUGGGAGGAGAGAAUUUGUAGGUCUUUUCCCUGAAAUAUACUCUUGAAAACUUGUGGUGAAUCAUUGUCAAAUGCCCCUCGAGAGUUAGAGGAAAACUACAAAGAUAUGUUACAGUAUAAUCUGCUCAUAUAAUACAGUAGCAUAAAUUGUAAAUUCGGAAUGCUAUAAAUUGGCUAAGAACUGUUUUCACUUGACAUAAUAACUCGAUGUCAAUGUGGAAAUUUCCAGUCGCUUUUGGAUUCAAUUGUACAGUAAUCUCAUUCAUUAUUUUCUCUUUUCUUAUUAUUUAUUUCCUAGUCUAUUAACUUAUAUAUUAACACGGUUAAUAUUAUUAUUAGAUUAAAAGUUAACAAGAUUAAUAUUAUUCAUGAAAUAACCGCGAUUUUCCUGAAGGAGACUAGUAACAAGAAUGUCAAAGCGCCCAACUCUGGGGAGCUUCCUUGAUAUCAAAUGAAAUAAAAUCCCAGAAGCAGGAAAAUCAGGUCAAUUUCCCAUACCUAGACUUGCUCCAACUCUCUCUUUCAUUGUCAUGUAGUAUCGAUCCACUAUAGUGUACAUUACAUGACGUAGUACGGAGGGGCGGAGCGAGAAAGAGAGACUUGUCAAUCUCGGUUCAAAACCAUAGACGGAUUUUCAUAUUUUUUACUGGGGUGGUGCCAGAAAUUUUAGGGGGGUGAGCCGUGAGCAGGAGACUGAAGCAACACAAAGUGUCGCCAAACCCCAGUAAGGUCUAUAUUCUAGGGGUGGAGCACUAGAGGCGCGAGGGUGAGUCUAGAGAGCAGAAAACAAAGUAUCCCAGGAAAAAUUUGAAAUAAAUCAUGAUUUCUAGCUGCGAAAAAAAAGUUGUCAAUUUGUCAUAUCAAUGGAUUUGGCAUGUCCGAUUGUCUGUUGAGACUUGAGAGAGUUAAAAACUUAAAGUUAAAUGAACCUGUAAAAGUGUAAACCCAAUAGGCCAAUAGAAAAUAUGCUUUUACUUUUAUAAAGUCAUUGACAUUGUGUUGUUUGAAUUCGAGUACAAUUUAUGAUGCUUAACUCCGAUGUAAAUAAUAUUUGGGGCGUAAGGAUUAAAUCUAGGCAAGUCUAUUUCCUAAAAGAAUUAAAAACUAAAAAUAAUGUUCGUACAAAUUCCAAACGUUCCUUGCGUGCAAGCAAUUCGCAUGACAAGGCACUGUAAACUCUAUUCAGGGGAGAUAAUAGAGUUUCAAAACUUUACAAUUUCUCCAAUAAACCAGUGAAUGCAAGCGAGGAGCAAUUAGUUUCAGAGUGUUGCACUUUUUCUGUUCGAGUGUACUCCUACGUUUAUUUUGUAUCAUCAACACUCUGCACAUCGGAGUGGACUAUUUAAUUAUUUAUUUAUUAUGCCAAAUAUUGGGGGGGGGGGGGGGGGGGUUGAAAAUUUUUUUUGAGGGGUGGAAUUUGGUUGGGGACAUAGUAAUAUUGGGUACCCCCCCCGCACCCCCCCCCCCCCCCCCCCCCAGAAAAUCCGUCUAUGUUCAAAACUGAACCGAAAAUGCAAGACUUGCUUUAAUUGUUUUCUGUCAGUGUUUAUAUGUAUUUAUCUAGUACAGUGUAAAUGACAUGAGUUCCAUUAUAGUAAAUAAUACAGAAAGAAAUUGAAGGAAAACAAUUAAAACAAAUCUUGCAUUUUCGGUUCAGUUUUGAACCGAGAUUUUCCGAAGUUGACGAGUCUCUCUUUCUCGCUCCGCUUCGAUAUCAAUGUAAUCUAAUAAUCAGUAAUUACAUUGAUAUCGAAGGAACUAGAUUCUGUUCCGAAAUAUCACAUACUCGAACCGAUCUGACCGCGUAGUUCAGUUGGCAGAGCAUUGGGCUAGUAUUCCAAAGGUCAUAGGUUCGAUUCCCACUGUUGUCAGGCAUAUUGUUCAAGCUUGCCCGGUGUGGAUAUCAGGGGUGGAAAAUUUUUUUUUCUUUCUGGGAACCUAGGUCAAAGGCUAAAAAUUUUCUGUGAAAUUUGCAAUGUUACAAUUACAGAGGUGACAAAACAAAUGCAUAAUUAUUGUAUUAUUUGUACUUUAAUAAUAAUGGGCUUUAUGCUGGUUUUCAUAUGCUUGUGCAUCUCAAUGGUUGUCUGUAAAUAUAUCAUAGUCUGAGUGAGUGUCUGUAUUAAAUUAAUUUAUUAUACUUAAAUUUAAUGUACUGUAUUAUUUUAAUUUAUUAUUAUUUAUUAUAGUACUGGGUGGCACACAAAAAAGUUGCCCGGUGCGAUUGAACUAAAAGAGCUAUUACAUGUGAACUACGUGUAUUGCAUUCAGUAUUGUCUAACUUAAAUUUUAAUAUACGCCCUGUGCAUUUUUGUGCAAUAUUGACCAACAGAGCUAUGUUUAAACUUGAGUAACCAUUUUUGAAAGGGUUGAGAAUUAGCCAGAAACGGUCUAUCAAAUAUGAAUACAGCAAUAACUAGACUUUCCAAAGUUCUUUCCAGGCCCUUCUAUGGCGCGCUUCACUUCCUCUGUGGAAAGGACUUUUGUCACUUGCAGCGCGCCAAAUAUCACCGGUGGAAAAAUCCACCGGUGACGUCAUUGUUCACAUUGAAGGUCGAAGCGGUUAUAUUAUCGGUCAUUAUCGAAGGAGUCUAACAAUAUUAUAUUCUCAGGCUCUUUGUUGAACAAAUGUGUAUUAUUGAAGCAAACAGAGUAAACAAUGUAAUUACAAUUUUGUAGAACACAAAAACCAUGUAAAAAUAUACAAACAGACAUUACAUUGAGUAUAAAGUACAGGGUGUAGAAAUAAACUUUAAUACUGCCACCGAAGAUGCAUCUGAUGAUUCUAAAAUUUCCUCACUAGUUUCGGGUUUAGUUUGGGUUUCUUGAUCUCGAUUACUGAUUAUUACAGAUUCGCUUGCUGAGAAAACAACGCGUAUUUUUACUGGAUUUUGAACUCUAGCGACGUCUUCUAGUUGAUCACAAUCGCCGCCUCUCUGCUUCUUGGUUACAGUUGUCUGAUUCUUUUCAAUUUAUAGAUUAACUUCUACUAGCUAUACGUUAAUUAAAUCGCUGGCGAACUGAGUCAGACUAUUCUUGUCGACAUAAUUACGGCACACAUUGUUUAAUAGACAAACAACUGUGAACUGUGAAGCUUCAAUAAGUUUUAACAUGCACUUGUUUCAGCGUUGAUACAUUGAACAGCUUUCGGCGCUUACUUAACUUGGGUCAGUUAUUUCGUUUCCACACUUGGUGCAAACUGUUUCAUUCGACUACCAAGAAAUACAAUUCUAGAGAAUGUUUUUGUUUUUGUAGACCCAUUGUCGGCGCGGUGAAGUAAUUGUAUGAAAUGUACACACCCUUUUAAUAUGUCAAAAUUAUUCGCGCCGGUAUAACCUCACAAGCAUUAUUUACCCUUACAUAUCGACACUCUUUGGUCAUUCAUUAAAUGAGGCAUAUUUAUAAAAAAAACACGGGACGUUUCUUUCUUGGAACAUUAGAAUUUGAUUUCCAUGCAGGGUCAUUGAAUAUUUAGAAUAAAUCUUUUAAUCAAAAUCGCAUUAUAAGUUAAUUUUCAUGCAUUCACAAAGACCUUAAAACAAAAAUAAAAGAGCACAUCCAUCCAAUAAACAUUUAUAAUUUAAACUUCAUUUCAUUGAAACGAAUAUUUACAAUAAAAUGGUAAUGGUUAUCAAAUUAGUUUAACAGGCUGUUUUUAGCUAAUUCUCGACACUUCCCAAAAUGUUUAUUCAAGUUUAAAUGCAGCUCUCUCUGUCAAUAUGGCACGAAAAUGCACUGGGUGUAUAUAAAAAAUUAAGUUAGACAAUACUGAAUACAGUGCACAUAGUUUAGGUGUUAUAGUUCUUUUAGUUUUUAAGUUAAAAUAAAUCAAACAGGCCAUUUUUUGUGCCGCCCGGUAGUAUUAUAGCAGUAUAAUAAUAGCAUUAUAGCGCUGGGACUUGUUUACUAUUUAAUUUGCAUUUUAUUGGAGACUUUGCAGAGCAUAUAUUUACCAUUUUACCUCAUUAUGUUGGCAGGGGUGAGUAACAGAAUUAAUUUCUGUCAAAUAUUUAAAAGGCUGCUGAUGUUAGUGUGUACACUGUACAGUGCAAAUAAAGUAGAAUAGUUGUAACUUGUAAGUUGAGUAAACAGGGUUAUCUCAAAAUGUUGAAAUAUUUUCUGGAAAAUUUUCUGUGAAACUCUCAACUCAAAAACAUUUCUGGGAACUAGGUUCCCAGGUUCCGAUACUUUUUCCACCCCUGGUGGAUAUACAGUACACUCAGAGUAACAUCACAAGCAUCUGUAAUUAAUUAGUUAACCUGUUCAGUACAUGCAGCGCUCUCCCCUUGACAAGUAAAAUUAUCUGGCAUUAGGCAGAGUAAAAUACUUUAUUAAUACAGUAGAGAGCAUUAGGGUGAAAUGCAACUUAAUUUAUUAACAUACGACCCAUGCAUGGGCGGUCCUAAACUAAUUACUGCCCGGGACUGCCCUAGAACAGCCCGGGUAAACAUGACGUUAUUUAUUACAUGGUAAGGCAGUGUGAUCUUGUUUUAAAUGUAAUUACUGAUUAUUAGAUUACAUUGAUAUCGAAGGAACUAGAUUCUGUUCCGAAAUAUCACAUACUCGAACCGAUCUGACCGCGUAGCUCAGUUGGCAGAGCAUUGGGCUAGUAUUCCAAAGGUCGUAGGUUCGAUUCCCACCGUGUUCAGGCAUAUUUUUCAAGCUUGCAUGCCCGGUGUGGAUAUACACUCAGAGUAACAUCACAAGCAUCAUAUUCACCUGAGUACAUUACACCAGCACAGAAAAUUCAUUACUAAUUAAUUACAGGUUAACAAGUUAAUGGUACUUAACCAGGGCAAUGUUGUGGUCAGUAGAAGUACUGUUUAUAACCGGAGUGUGUGCCAAGAUGAUUUCAUCCUCUGUUUACGUGUGGCUUUUGAGAUGACCUGGCUUGCCAAAACAAAUAAACGCCUGGUCUCACCACUUUAAAUAGUAUGGUAUAAAUUUAUAUAAACCCUCACAGUUAUAGUCCAUGGAAUUGCAUGCACAAACAAGACAAUUGAGAUUUGAGAUUGAAAUCUGUGGGGAAAAUCUUAUUUACAACAAUAUAUAUUUGCAUGAACAGGCAAUAACACUCAGCUUAGGUGAGCCAGCCUGGGUCAAUGUGUUUAUAUGGGAAAUUCCCAACCCGGUUAAAUUACAUGGGAACAAAGCUCUGGCUAAGCGACAUCCUGCCUCGACUGUCUUAAGAUCCUCUAAGUCCAUAACUAUGUCCCAUGAUGCAAGCAAGGCCGAGAAUGCUGAAGCCUACUGUACAUGCAGGCCCGGGCCUUCAAGAGGCCUGUGAUUUUCAGAUGAUGCACUUUUUAUUAGAAUUGUUAUUAUUUUCUGUCCUUAACAAUGAGAUAUUGAUAUAGCAGCUACGUAAUCCAAAAACUGCAAGUUCCUUGGUUUUCAUGAGCAAUGUUCAUGCAGGCACUCAUGAAUUUAAUUUAACUGAGCAAUGUUCAGUAUUCAUGAAGUACUGCCAUAUUUAGUGCAUCCCCUCUGACCUCAAUAAAAAUAAAGGAAUGGGAUUAUCGCUGACGUGGACAAGAGGCUGAACUUCACUGAAUUCCAAAGGAUACAGAAAUUUAUGAGCCCUGUUGCAUGUACAUGUUCGUUAUUGUUGUCUAAAUCAUCAGAACUUGCAUGGGAAUAUACAGUAUCAUUCAGUGGGAAGGCUCACAAAUUUUACCCAGCUUACAAGCUAAUACAUUUUACUAUUAUCAGAAGUACAGUACAUAACCCUCCUACUCUGGAGAAGAGAAAUUUCCUCUGCUUGGAGAGUCUGGAACAACAAGAGAUCCCAGAGAGGGACGAUUGAGGAUAUUUGAAGUGUUUUAAAGAAUCAUUACCUGAUCACCGCUUGAGCCCAAAUUCGUGAAUGGACAUUACUUCUGAGGGACAAUUAAUGUACAUCACAUUCUCCUACAGUAGGGUUUGAUUUGACUAUCAUAUCACUAAUUCUGGUGGUUUCGAAAAAUUAGUACUAGAAUCAUGUUCAAACCCCUUGAAAAGUGCCCUACUGUCAUUAUCACUACAUUUGGCCUCAUUUCGGCGUCCUGGGAACAACCUAUUGAGUAGAACUACAAGAUUUGCGCAUCAGUACAGCUUUGCAGUAGUGCACAAGUCGCAAGUAGACUGUGCAUUUAUUUGACACUGCAAAUGUAAAUGUACAUAAAAUGAUUAAAUAAAGAUGAAUUUUAUUCAUCACUCAUUUCACAGAUUGCAAACUGGGAUAGGAAUCCAUUACAGAAAAUGUGGGUCAUGAAAUAGAUUUAUUCAACAUCGCUGAAGGUACGUUUACACGCUGCGAUUUAUCGUAUGCGAUUCAUAUUCUGACGUAUGAAAUUGCUGUUGAUGCCACAGUUCCUGCCCAUUUAGUUUAUGGAGAAAUUUGAAAUGCAACCACUUUACGCGUGCUUAUAAUUCCAUUACAUACGAUAGGACACGAGUCGUACACAACCGAUCGCAACCUGUAAACGUACCUUUACUCAACUACUCGAUGUUAGUGGGACUGAACUGGACAUAUGUAUGCUACGACCUUGGGGUGACUCGUUACAACACUAGGCUCACGCCUGUUGUUUUUUUAUAGAUAUAGAGUGUGGCAGAAUGGCGUAUGCGAAAGAAAGUGGGUUUCAUUUUCGAGAGAUAAAAGGGAAUUUAUUCAGCUGUGAAAAAGACACAUCUCUGGCUCACUGCAUCAGCGCUGAUGUACAUAUGGGGAAAGGAAUUGCAGCGACCUUUAAAAAGAUGUUUGGAGGAGUCGAUGAACUUCGCAGGCAAGGUACAGUAAUUGGCCCUUUUUUGUAUGUCGCCAUUUCAGCACAAUAUCGCCUUCAACCUCGUAUCCAGACUAUUUUCUCUCGUGCUCUGGUGUCACGGCCACCUCCCAAAAAGACCUGGGUACGAGGAUUUAUCGCCUUUUGGAAUUCCACUUUGAGUGUUAAUACCGCUGCGUAUUAAUGACAGAUGAUUUUAUUUGGCGUGUGUGUUUAUAAUGCAGCUAUAGUGUGCCUGAAUAAGUGAUAGAGCUGUAAGACAUCGGUUCAGUUUCGCAUUGAACAAAUAUAUAUAGACACGCCUAUAAAGUGGUUGAUGUCAUUUCCACGCACAGAAAAUGUUCUGAAACAUUAUUAAAAUUGAAAAUUUUCAACUUCAAAAUUUUUAACCGACAGAAAAUUUGUGUCGGCCGAUCACAUUUUACAAAAUUUUCUUUCGGAAAAUUUUCCUGAAUGGAAAUGGGUCUCUCAAGUUUUUAUUUGACGGCCGAUGGAAGCGUUAGUGGUAGCAGAGAAAUAAAAAACAAUUUGACGUUUGUCAUUUGAACACUUCGACGAUACCAUUAGCCUGCGUAGCAGGCGCUAUUUAGGGGGAGGGCGAGGGUGGGAGAAGCUAGGGAAGGAAUGCGAAGGCGCCAUUUUUCCUCGCCCCUUUCUCUCGCCUUCGCAUUCCUCCCCUAGCUUCUCCCACCCUCGCCCUCGCCCUAAAUAGCGCCUGCUACGCAGGCUACGAUACCAUCUCCUCAUAAUUUUUCCAAUUGGGAAAUAAAUUUGUUAUGUAUGGUAUGUGCACGGCUGUUUGUUGUCUUGAUUAUUGUUAAGAAUAUCUUGAACAACAAGGAAAUAUUUCGGCAUUUCCCUCCCAGAGGGAGAUUUAGUAUUAAAAUAACUUGAUUGAAGGCAUCCCCUAUUUUCCUGUUGUCAAAGUGUUUUUAUUCUGUUUCUUUAAAUACACAGGAGGAAAACCAGGGGACGUUUCGAUGUUGCAGCGUGAUGAGCGUUUUAUUUAUUAUUUG